CUGAACAGCCUAACGAGUAUAUGCAGGCUAUCUACGCCGUGGGCAAUGUCAUCCAGGACUACGACACUGACAAGAUGUUCCCUGCACUUGGAUUCGGCGCUAAACUGCUGCCUGACUGGGUUGUUUCACACGAUUUCGCACUCAACUUCAACCCAGCAAACCCGUUCUGCGCAGGUGUCGCCGGCGUCGUGCAGGCCUACCAGAGCUGCAUCACGCAGGUGCAGCUGUACGGACCGACGAACGUGGCGCCGAUGAUCGAUCACGUGGCGCGGUUCGGCGCGGUGGCGGCCGCACAGCCCGGCGCCUCGCAAUACUACGUCCUCCUCGUUCUCACCGACGGAGAGAUCACCGACAUGGCAGCAACGACGGAGGCCGUCGUGCGUGCGUCCGCCCUCCCCGUCUCCGUCAUCAUCAUCGGUGUCGGACCCGCCGACUUCUCGCGCAUGGAGUUCCUCGACGCGGACCGCGGCGCACUGGUGGCGCCCUCGGGGCGGCGCGCGGCGCGCGACAUCGUGCAGUUUGUGCCGUUCCGUAGGUUCGCGCGCGCGAGUAAGGAGAGUCUCGCUCGCGCCGUGCUGGCCGAGUUGCCGAAGCAGGUCGUGGAGUACUUCAGCGUGAGGGACAUACCGCCGAACAACCCGAACCCACAGCCUGCCUCGUAGGGGAGGUCGUAGGCCAUAGGGGAGGUCGUAGGUAGUAGGGGAGGUUGUAGGUCAUAGGGAAGGUCGUAGGUCGUAGGGAAGGUCGUAGGUCGUAGGGGAGGUCGUAGGUCGUAGGGAAGGUUGUAGGUCGUAGGGGAGGUCGUAGGUCAUAGGGGAGGUCGUAGGUAGUAGGGGAGGUAUAGGGAAGGUCGUAGG